AGCGAUUUGCACAGAUAUAAGUACGUUCUGUUCCACUGAUCUAAGUGUUCGCCAUGUCGCCUAUACUUCUGUUGGUCGUCACUGCGGCUCUUGGAAGCUGUUCUUCUGCUAAAGAAUUGGUCGUUUCAGAAGAACUGGUCACAAAAGUUAAUAUCCUCAAUGUCGGAUGGCAAGCAAAGAUUUACCCACGGUUCCAGAAAAUGACCUUUGAACAAGCAGAGAUGAUGUUGGGUAGCAAUGGCGGAUGGCCUAGAGACAAUCCACCCCCGGUACAUAGAGUACAGCCGGCUGAUAAUAUCCCUACCAAUUUUGAUGCUCGUGAACAGUGGCCUGGGUCAAUUCACCCCAUACGUAAUCAGGGUGCAUGUGGAAGUUGUUGGGCAUUUGGUGCUUCAGAAACUUUGUCGGACCGAUUUGCAAUCGCCUCACAGAAUAAAAUCAAUGUCGUGUUGUCSGCACAACAGCUUGUGGAUUGUAAUACCAAAAACACGGGGUGUAAAGGAGGCUGGCCCAUCCAGGCUUGGAACUACAUGAGGGAUGUCGGUCUUCUGACAGAGCAAUGUUACGGUCCAUACUACGCCAAGCAAUAUCAAUGCAGGAUAAAUGCUAACACCACACAAUGUCCUUACGAACCAGGAUAUCCUGCAAGAUUCUACAAAGCUAAAAAUGCSUACAGCUUACCAGCAAAAAAUGUUGAAGCUGUUCAGACUGAAAUCAUGACUUAUGGACCAGUGGAAGCUGACUUCACGGUGUACCAGGACUUUUUCGCGUACAGAAGUGGUGUCUACAUGCACGCUACUGGAAAAGCAGUUGGUGGACACGCUAUCAAAAUUAUCGGUUGGGGGACAGAAGGUAACGAGGAUUAUUGGCUCUGUGCCAAUUCCUGGGGGGGUAACUGGGGAAUGAAUGGAUUUUUCAAGAUCCGUCGAGGUUCCGACGAGUGUGGUAUUGAAGACGGYAUCACCGCUGGUCAAGCUUUGGUGUAGUGCAGUACACACUACGAUUGUUGUAUAGAUUUGAUACAUAUAUUUUAAAUAAAAGAAUAAUUUUGAUUAAGUU